CUUCUUGCCCGAUCGAGCUCUGAAGCAGAGGGGGGGGGAGCGAUGGAGGUGUUCUACUACCUGGUGUUCGGCGGGCUGGCGGCGGCGGUCGCGGCGAUGGAGCUCAGGAAGACGAGGAAGGACCGCGUCGCCAUCUCCUCUGCUUUCGACACGUUCAAGAACAACUACCUGUUCGUCUACUCCCUCAUGAUGGCCGGUGAUUGGUUGCAGGGUCCGUACGUCUACUACCUCUACAGCCAGUAUGGUUUGAACAAGGGAGAGAUCGGCCGGCUCUUCAUUGCGGGGUUUGGAUCUUCCAUGUUGUUUGGGACGAUUGUGGGAUCUUUGGCCGAUAAACAGGGUCGUAAGAGAGCUUGUGUCACCUACUGCAUCACGUACAUUGUCAGCUGUCUGACUAAGCAUUGUCCAGAAUACACGUCUUUAUUGAUAGGCCGGAUACUGGGAGGAAUCUCUACGUCUCUGCUUUUCUCAGCAUUUGAAUCAUGGCUUGUUGCAGAACAUAAUAAGAGAGGGUUUGACCCACAGUGGUUGUCAGUAAUUUUCUCAAAGGCUAUCUUUCUUGGCAAUGGUCUUAUUGCCAUUGUUUCUGGACUUUUAGCUAGUUUAUUGGUUGAUAACCUGGAAUAUCAUCCUGUGGCUCCAUUCGAUGCUGCUGCAUGCUUCCUUACCUUUGGCAUGGCUGUUAUCUUGUCAUCAUGGAGUGAAAAUUAUGGAGAUCCUUCUGAAAGCAAAGACUUGAUCACACAGUUCAAUGGUGCUGCCGCAGCCAUUGCUUCCGAUGAGAAAAUUGCUUUGCUGGGUGGAAUACAAUCACUCUUUGAAGGUUCCAUGUACACUUUUGUCUUUUUGUGGACCCCUGCUUUGAGCCCAAACGAUGAGGAUAUACCUCAUGGCUUUAUUUUUGCAACGUUCAUGCUGUCUUCGAUGUUGGGGAGCUCUAUAGCAUCCAGGCUGAUGACCCAUGCAACUCUUAAAGUUGAAAGUUAUAUGCAGAUAGUGUUUGCGAUCUCUGCUGUCACUCUGCUGCUUCCAAUUGUCUGUAAUUUCUUGGUAGCACCUUCUGAGCAAGGUGACGGCAUAUCUUUUGGAGGCUGCAUCCAGCUCCUUGGUUUUUGUGUCUUCGAAGCCUGUGUUGGCAUAUUUUGGCCAUCCAUUAUGAAGAUGAGAUCCCAGUACAUACCCGAGGAGGCCAGGAGCACGAUUAUGAACUUCUUUCGCAUUCCCCUCAACAUCUUUGUCUGUGUGGUACUCUACAACGUAAAUGCUUUCCCAAUCACAAUCAUGUUUGGAAUGUGUUCUAUUUUCCUGUUCAUGGCCUCGGUCUUGCAAAAGCGGCUCCUGGAGAUUUCUGACAGCCACAAAUCAAUGAUACAAGUUUGGACUGAUAUGACGGAGGGGGAUGAUGAGGCAGAGACUCUGAACAUUUGAGCCCCUAAAGGGGUGGCAGUAGAGCACUCACAGUAUGUGAUUAAAUGGUGAAGAAAGAAUUUGGAGUCUUCAUUUUUCAUUUAGAAGCAGCAAAAAUUUUCCAAAUGGAGUGGUUUGUAUCUGAUUCUCUGUUCGAUUUACACAAUAUAGAAAUACAUAGAGGCGUCUCCGUUUAGAGAGCUGGCCAAAUAAAUAAAUGGUCAAGCAUUCUUAUAAUUCAUUGGCUGUUCCAUCUGCUA